UAUUCACAUCUUUUUUUAUUCUCAUUUUGCAGGUUCACAUCGGCUACCUCCCAAACAAGAGAGUUCUGGGCCUCAGCAAGCUGGCCAGGAUCGUUGAGAUCUACAGCCGUCGACUACAAGUUCAGGAGAGGUUGACCAAACAGAUUGCCGUGGCGAUCACUGAGGCCCUGCAGCCCACCGGAGUCGGCGUCGUCAUCGAGGCAACUCACAUGUGUAUGGUGAUGCGAGGCGUUCAGAAGAUGAACAGUAAAACCGUCACCAGCACCAUGUUGGGAGUUUUCAGGGAAGACCCAAAAACCCGCGAUGAGUUUCUGACGCUGAUCAGGAGCUGAGGAGGACUGAGCUCCUUCUCUUCCUCCGCCCGAUGCCUGACGUUACCUCCACCUGCGCGACCCUGUUUGUGUGUGUGUGUGUGUGUGUGUGUGUGUGUGUGAGAGAGUCGAGAGAAAGAGUGUCCGAUCAUUUUAAUCCUCGUCGUUAUCUCAGUGAUGUCCGAGUCAGAGGACGAUGACUGACAGGACUUUACCCCUCUUUUUUGUUUACGUCUGUUCUGUGUGAUCAUUAAUUUAAACAUCGAUCUUUGGCCUCUAACUCAACGUAAUUCGAGUUUAAAAGAAAGAAAGACUCCACCAAAAUAUACAAACAUCGAUUUAUUGACUUGAUUUAUUACUUGAAAACCACUUGUGGUAAUAAGCCCUUAACGUACGGGAGGGAGAGUAAAAACAAACACAUUGAAAGCAUGUCAGAAAGUGAGCUGUCUUUAUCAGGUGUAGUCAUAUUUACUCGUGUUUGCUUUUAAAUAUGAGCACAGAGGAAAUAGUCGUUUAUAAAAACAGGUUUCAGAAAAGGUUAAGAUAAGGUCAAAGGCCACGCAUAGAAACAUAAAGUAAGUAAACAAAAAGGAAAUCAUCCUGUCAGAGUUUUCAAUCAUUCAAGCUUUAUGUGUACAGCGCCAAAUUCAUGACAUUCUUCAUAUGGUGAUUCCAUUGAACUACAUGUAGCAUUGAUGGUAAGACAAAUAUUCUCAUUAUAGCAUCACAUAGCGGACUCUGUUGCUUCGUCCGCUACUUCUGAGUUUUACCUCAGGAGACAUGAAACAUCUUCUGGUGUGCUGACUGAUCAGUCUUCCUUUUGUUUCUGAACUUGAACAACAAAAUCAUUCAUCCUCCAACAAAGACUCCACUUUGGUUCACAGCUCGCAAAGUGCAGAUAAAUAACUGAGUUCAUGAAGCUGAUUUUGUGGCUAAUCGCUCCAUUAGUGUAAUUAGCUGCUAUUUGUGGAGUUAGCCGAUAAAAGGAUCAAGAUUUCUUUGGUCAAGUGGAGAAAUAUUUCAAAAACAGAGAAGCUUUUUUCACACUGAAAACAGAAUAAACAAUCAGCACAGAUAAACAUCUAAAUCAUCUCAGUAAGAAACUCUGAACUAAGAAGUCCUCAGCCAGAUUCUCAAAGAGAAACUUGUAGAAACUUUCUGUUUGUGCAGACGUGAAAUGAGAGAAAUGAAGACACAAUUUCACCAGAGAAUUUCUUGUGUUUCUGUUAAGAUAACUGAGACAACAGUAAAGUUUAAGUGGCAAGAACAAAAGUUCAUUUUAAGAGGCAGAAAUCUCAUGAUGCACAGCCAUCUGCCAAAACUGCGGCAGGCUUGAAAAAUGGGAUCGAGGGAGAUGGGAAGAUGGGAUCCACCAACGACCCCGAGGAACCUACAAGACAUGACAGCUCAGGAGCUCCAGGGAAAAGUGAAGUUAAGCGAAGAAGUGUUUCAGUUAAAGUUUGAUAUUCUGACUCCUGAUAUUUGAGAGUUUUGACAUUUCAAAGCUGUUUGAAGACCAGGAAGCUGUGAUCAUUUCCCUCUUUUUCAAAAGACACAACAGCUAAUAGAAGAGUCAUAAAAGAAGUGAAAAGCAAAGAGAUAUAAUGACAAUGACUUCAGUGUCAGCCCUUGAUUUAAUUUGGGAAACCCUGUUCUAAAUCCUGUCCCGUUCUUCUGUGAUGAGCAGCACUUUGACUCUCUGUCACACCUCAGUGACCUUUACUGUCACGUCAUCUCCUCUCACUGAGGAAACAAAGUUUAGACACUCGUUGAAUUCAAAGUGGACUUGAUAUUAAAAGCAACAAAAACAAAGAUAUAAAUAGCUCGGGGGGGGGGGGGAAUGCAGAAUUUACCAAUAAUCAUGAACAACCAGUAUUCUCAUUUUUUUAUUUUAAUAUUCAAAGUUUACAAUUAUUCUUUAAGUUACAAGUAUUCACUUUAUGUGUAAGAAUUGACCUGUGUGCCAACCUGCCUCUCAAUUUAAAAUCCUCAAAGACUUGGAUCGACCUGAGACACAAAAACUGUGCGUGUGUGCGUGCGUGUGUGUGUCUGUGUGUGCGCGUUGUUUAGUGACUUUGUGUUUCUUUAGUUUUAGCAUUCAACUACGUCAUAAUGUCCCCAGACUGAUUUGAAGAACUUUUUAAUCGUCUAAAUUGGUUACUGGAGUCAUGGGUGUGUGUGUGUGUGUGUGUUGUAUAUGUGUGUACGCGCGCGUGUGUGUGUGUGUUUGUUGGAGGGAAGAGGAGCACUAACAACCUGCUCUGAUGAUGUUUUUUGUGGCCUUGUUAAGAAGGACGGCCUGUUUCUUUGGCCCUUCAAUCAUAGUGACUUCAUGUACUGUGUUCAUUUUAAAUACUUUUUAAUCAAGUUGAAUAAAUCUCUAUGUGACAGUGA